UCUUUUUUACCCGGACCUUCUUCUCCCCUUCCCUUUACCUAUUUUAGAAAAUGGUUUUAAGAGAUAAACCCCCUCCCCUGUGCGUCUUUACAACCCCCACCCAUCCACCCAUCUUUCUUUUUUACCAGGAUCUUCUUCUUCCCUUCCCUUUACCUAUUUUUUUUUUAAAUUUCAGAACUAACAUAUUGUAGAAGUAGCAGACAUAGAUGGGGGUAUAGUUUUAGGAAAAGAUUACAUUUUGGUUACUUGCUCUCUUCUCUCUCGUCAGGUCCGUCGUCUGCGAUGACUGGUCGGAAUUCGGUCACCACUAUUUUAACCCCUAUCUCUCACCACUCCAUCUCCUCCUCUAGCGACUUCAACCAUGGUCUAGUCGUACCUCUUAGCUCUGAUGUCCAUCUUUUUGUAGUUUCCUUCACCAGGAGUGACAGAGAAGUGAUCGAAAAUAAAUUUUUGGCAAGAUAUUUGGUUUAAUAUUUUUGGUAUAUAUCAUUUAUUAAUAGAUUCUUAUCAUAAGAACAAAAUAUUGUUAUAUCCCGUUAAAGACAAAGUUUCGAAAAACUUGAUGAGUAUUUCUUGAUUUGGAUAGAUUCAAGUUGUUAGCCGCUAAUUCGGUCUGUUUUUGUUUCAUUUUUUUUAUCUUAUUCUUCCUGAAAAUUCGUUUGUAAUUACUGAAAAUUUCAAUUUGGGGUAGUAUCAAUGGCAAAAUGUAAGAUGGAAGAAGAUUAAACGAAAACAGUGGCAGACUUUUCAGAGAACGACGAUGAUGGACUAGAGGCGGUGGGAUGGUGUAUAUGGUGGUUUUGUAAAAAUAAUUUUAAAAAAAUAAAAAAGAAAAAGAAAAAUUGAAAAUUUUAACUUGUCACGCGCCUAAAAGAAGUGGAAUGCACAUUUUUUGACAUGUCAAAGUUUUUGUGUUUGAUAGACACGUAUGGAGUGAAGUUAACCUAUGUAAUAGGUACAAGCCAUCCUAAGUGACAAUAUUGAACAAGUUUAAGUAGGCAUAUAUAUAUUUUGCCUUUAAUUUAUAUAUGACACAUAAUAGAUGUGGAUAAAUUGGAACAAAUAAAGACAGAACUAAUUUUGGUGAAAAGACAUUUCUCCCUUCACUUAUCGUGGAUGACUUUCCUUUUUAUUUUUUUUUAUUGUUUUUACUCCAAUCAAAAAAUAGAAAGAACGGACGAGGAAAAAGGAAAAAGAAAGAAAGAAAAUGAUAAACCCUAGUAAAAACCCUUGCGGGGUUUCUAUCUUCUGCGGGCUGGAAGUUAUGCAGGAGGAAGUUAUCGGGCCAAAAUGAUCCGGAGUUUGACCCGCCAGAUUUCAAAGGAAGCAGCAGUCAACCUGAGAAGACUAUGUACCACGGCGGCAGCGGCGGUGAAGGAGGAGCAGUGUGAAGGAGACCGGCGGCUCUACCUGAGAUUGUGGGCUUUGGAAGCUACAAAUGGGUCGGUUAGUGAAACAAUAAAUGAGUAUAUUAGAGAAGGCAGAGUUGUGAAGAAGUAUGAACUGAACAAAUGCAUAAAGGAGCUGCGUAAACAUAGACGAUAUCAACAUGCCCUUGAGAUAAUGGACUGGAUGGAGAGAAGAGGUAUAAAAUUGUCGUUUGGUGAUUAUGGAGUACGGUUAGAUCUCAUAGCAAAAGUUCAAGGAAUAACGGCAGCUGAAAAUUACUUUGGCAGCCUCUCACCUUCGAUGCAGAUUCAAAGCACUUAUGGAGCACUCUUGCAUUGCUACUGUGUUGAAAAAAUGACAGACAAGGCGUUGUCCCUCUUUGAGAAAAUGGAUCAAUUGAAUUUUGCAUCUAAUUCAUGGACAUUCAACAAUCUUAUGUCCUUAUAUAUGAGACUAGGGCAACCAGAAAAAGUACCCUCCUUGGUACAGGAAAUGAAGAGUAGAAAGGUUCCACUAUGUACAUUUUCGUAUAGUAUCUUGAUGAAUAGCUAUUCUUGUUUAGAUGAUAUAGAAGGAGUGGAAAGAGUCUUUGAGGAGAUAAAGCAGGAGAAUGUAGAGGAGUGCGAUUGGACCAUAUAUAGUAACUUGGCUGUUGCUUAUGUUAAGGCUGGGCUUCAUGACAAAGCUGAGUUAGCUCUAAAGAAGCUUGAGGAAGAGAUGGGACCUCGUAAUCGUGAGGCAUACCACUAUUUGAUUAGUUUGCAUGCCGGAAUAUCUAAUCUUGUUGAGGUUUAUCGUAUUUGGAAUUCUCUAAAGUCUGGUUUCUUGGAAAUAACCAAUUCUAGUUAUCUUGUCAUGUUUCAGUCCCUCAGUAAGCUUAAUGACAUGGAUGGUUUAAAGAAAUGCUAUGAGGAAUGGGAAUCGAGCUGCCCUAGUUACACUAUGAGGCUGCCAAAUAAUGUCAUUAGUGCUUGUCUGAGAAAUGACAUGCUACAUGAUGCGGAGGAACUCUUUCUUCGUGCUUUGAAGCGAUCACAAGGACCUUUCUUCUUGGCUUGGGAAAUGUUCAUAGCAUUCUUUUUGAGGCAUCGUCGAAUCGAUCUUGCUAUGGAGUGCCUGGAAGCAGUUGUAUUCCUUGUAAAGGAGAAUGAGUGGCAACCAAAAUGUGAAACAAUAAAUAAAUUUCUCGAGUAUUUUGUAGAAGAGAGAGAUGUUGGUGGUGCUGAGGAGUUCUACAAGUAUUUGAAAAAGCUGAAUUGUCUUAGUAGUGAUAUAUAUAGUUCAUUGCUUCACACUUACAUAGCUGCCAACAGAACAGCAGACGAUAUGCUAGUGAGAAUUAAGGAAGAUGGAAUUGAAAUGAGCUGCGAGCUCGAAGGCUUGCUUAAAAGGGUUUGUCCUGAAUAAUUUAAAGGAUAUGCCCAUAUGGUUUUGUUUCUUUUCCAUCCUCUUUUUGUAUAGGUACGUGCCUCUAUAUCUUUAAAGAAGUACAUGAAGGAUUCCAAGAUCUUUCCUCCAUGCACCUGUCUUAGCGCAGCCUCUGUGAACUUGACAUGUUAAAUGACGUGUUAUUAAAAGCCACCGCUUUGUCGCUUAAAGCAAGGUAAUCUGAAGGAAGCGGUUAUCGCUUCAUGGGUGAGGCCAUGUGCUUCAGAGAAGUGUGCGCUUCAAGUAAUGAGGCGCAAAAUAAUCCAAAGAAAAGCAGCGAUUCUUUGAAGCUCAACUUUGAGGAGUUGGACCAAUAUUGACAUUACUGUAUAUUGGAUGUUGAAAUUAGUUAUUUUAAUAGCAGCUUGAUUAUAGUACUAAAAUUAUGGAUGCUUGGCAUUUUUUAAUAUUUUUUGUUUAAAUCGUGUGCCUCA